GACCAAUUGGCAUAAACCAAAAACCUGAAUUAAUAUACAAAAGCACCACCUGAUAGUGUUCACCACCACCAAACCCCACCGGAGACGACGAAGCCCCAAAAUGCAAGUGCAGCAAAACCCUAGCAUUCCGGUCAGCGAAGUCUACUGGUCUCUCCUCCACAAAGCCGACAAGAAAUUCUCCAAAAUCCGAGAGCUCCCUUACUACCACCGCAACCGCCACGAGUACGACGCCUACUUCUACAAGGUCUUCAAAGUCUACACGCAGCUCUGGAAGUUCCAGCAGGAGAAUCGCCAGAAGCUCGUCGACGCCGGUCUCCGGCGAUCGGAGAUCGGCGAGAUCGCGUCGCGGAUCGCGCAACUCUACUUAGGGCAGUACAUGAGGACCAGCGAGGCCAGCUAUCUCUCGGAAGCUUACAUUUUCUACGAGGCGAUUCUGAGCAGAGAGUACUUCAAGGAGGGAAUGUUUCAGGACCUGAGCUUGGCUAACAAGCAGCUCCGGUUCAUUUCGAGGUUUCUUGUGGUGUGCUUGCUCUUGAAUCGCCGUGAGAUGGUGCAGCAGCUCCUUCAUCAGCUCAAAGGCUUGGUUGAUGAUUGCAAGAGGACCUUCCAGGAAACUGAUUUUAAAGAAUGGAAGCUGGUGAUUCAGGAAAUAGUUAGAUUUUUGAAAGCUGACACAGCUUUUAUGAAUAUCAGGCCUUUGAGAUAUAGUAUUGUCCUGGAAUGUCAUCCUGAUUCCUUACCGCAAGUUUCCACACUGGUUGUAAGGAGAUCUCUGAGACUGCGAGAUGCAAUGCUAAGCAGCUACCAUCAUAAUGAGGUAAAGUUUUCGGAGAUCACUCUUGACACUUUCAGGAUGCUUCAAUGUCUGGAGUGGGAACCUAGUGGCUCAUUUUACCAGCCUAAUGUAGCUAGAAACAGUCAGAAUGGGGCACCAGGGUCUGGCCGCACUAAUUACUCCCAAGAUAUUGCUGAUCCUACUCUGCCACAUAACCCACGGAAAGCUGUCUUAUAUCGUCCUUCUGUCACACAUUUUCUGGCCGUAAGUCUUAUAGGAAUUAAUAUUGCUCUGUUUCACUUUCAUUACUAUGUAUUUUUGGCUUGCCUAUUGCCAGCAGGUUCUGGAAUGUACUCUGAUGCAAACUCCCUUUCUAUGUUGCCCUCUCCAUCUGAUAGACUGAAUCCUUCAUGUGGACAAAGUAAAGGAGAUGACUCAAGCUUACACGCUAGUUGUUUACACUUUGGUAGCCAUGGAAAUGGAGGAAUUAAUAGCAUCUAUCCCAGUGACUUGGUUCCAUUUACAAGAAGGCCACUCUUUUUAGUUAUUGACUGUGAUAGCAGUGAAGCUUUUGAGGCUAUAAAUGGAGUGCAAAAAGGAGAAACAGCCGCAAUGCUCCUGUCAUCAAGCUUUUCAUAUCAAGCUUCUGGUGUUGGUUCCUCUCGUCAGCCAAGUGGAAGCCUAUUCACUCUUUUCCUUACAGCUCCAAUGCAGGCUUUCUGUUUACUGCUUGGUAUGUCAGGCGCUGACAUUGACAUGGAUAUAUAUAACAAGGCUGAGAAGCUGCUUUCCAGUUCAUUAAGUGACUGGGGGUCUACUUUGGCAACAUCAGACACUAUUGACCCUGUUUGGGCACAGGUUUUGACUGAUCCAUUCCUAAGACGACUCAUAUUGAGGUUCAUAUUUUGUCGAGCGGUGUUAUCACUCUAUGCUUCAACCUUCAAUAAGAAGGAAUUUAUCCCCAAGUCUGUACCAUCCCUUCCAGCAUCUUUCCUGCCAACAACAGUUGCAUGCCAGACAGUUAUUUUGCAGAUAGCAAAUGUCUUUGGAGCGAGCACUAAGUUCAUAUUCUCAGAAGGACUUGUACUCCCAGAAAAUAGACAGGGUGACGAUGCAGAAUUAUUGCCAUCACUCGGAGAGGUGGUGCCGAAUCAUUCCGUAAUGGCCUUGUCCUGGAGGGUUGAAGAUGGAAGAACUAUGAUAUUCUGGACUGACGUAUGCAAAGCCCAGAGAGAGAGAGCAAGAGUAGUGAUCAUUCGUAAACCAGCGAGUCGAAGAAGAAGAAAAAUGGUGUGUCGAAAUUCCUCCUCUCCUUCUUCUCCGCUCAGAAUCCAAAUCCUCUUAGUACUGUCGUUGCUCUUCUCUCCCAUAGUUCUCGCCAAGUCCCGUCGCCCAAUCACCGACAUUGAGACAAGGCAGAAGAAGGCCCAAUGCUAUGCUGAUAUUGAGAGUGGCUUGUGGGGCUGGCAGUGCAAGUCAAGUAUGAUAGCCAAGGAGAACUGUGUUUUGAAAUGCCUCUCUCCAACUUGUUAUGAGAUUGUCUAUGAGAGUGAUCCACUUGAAGAAGGAGAGAAAGAUCUUGUUAGGGGACAAGAAUUCAAGUACUGCAUGCAUAAGUAAGUUCCAUUUCUCUAGUGUUUUAAAUUUUCUUUUUACAUGUUUCAUGGUGCAAAUUCAUGAUUAGAAUCCCAGGAUAUUAAGAUUUCACAAUGACCAUGUUUUGAAACAAUCAGUGUUUUAUUUUAUUGAUGGCUUCAUGUGAGGGACAAUUUGUUAAUAUAUGAUAGUUUACUGGAAACCUUGGUUACCGAGUUUUAAUUUUUCCUUCUAAAGGGCCUUGCCAUCGUUAGGAUAGAUUUUCGGGAACAUGAACUGGUUGACUAAGAAUGUGAAAACUCCUGUCCUUUUUCCAGAAUCUGAAAAAUUUUCGGU